CCCUCGCUUCCUUCUGCAUCAUCACACUGAACGACCAACUUACACCACAUUGAAACCGACGCGCACCUCUGCGCGCCGUCUGUCGCCUCGAUUUGGCGAUCAUUCCUGGACUAUUGGCCGUGUAUUUACCGCGCACGCGGAGGCGCCGGCGCAAAGGAGCUGGACCACGCAGACGGCGCAAACUUCCAAACCAUUCACCAGAACGUCGCGUGCCGCUGUCGCAACAGCGGCGCAUCGCAACCCGCAGGUGAGUGGUGCACAAACUCGCCUGGUCUGAAUCGAGUGGCGGGCAGCCGGCAUCAUCUGGAGCGAGGACGCGCAUUGCGCACUGUUGGCAGAGGACGUGUUUGGGCGAGCAGCAGCAGUCGGCUGGACUGCUGUACUUGUAGCUAGAUACCUGUGAAGUUUUGAGAGCGUCUAAGUCCUUGCGUAUUUCUCUGCCGUCACCUCGCAUCACGGCGCGCGCGUCGCCGCUCUAUGCCACGAAACAUGUCAGACGAACCACGUCGAUCCGGUCGGGCCACCAAAGGGCAGCACAAGAAUGCUUCUUCCUCUCCUGCACCAAGUGCAAAGCCGGCCAAAGGAAGCAAGCCCAAGGGCAGUAAGAAGUCGGAGCGGGAGCCAGCCACGCAGCAAAAUCAUGAGGGAGCGGACGAUGAAGAGGAGGAGGAGUUGAUUCGCUGUAUUUGCGGCAAUGACAAUCCCAAGGACAAACGCGCCUUCAUCGGGUGUGAUGCAUGCACUGUAUGGCAGCACAACGUCUGCAUGGGUGUGCACGACGACGAGGAUGAUGUGCCUGAGCACUAUUUCUGCGAAGAAUGUCGGCCGCAAGAGCAUCUCGAGACCGUGCAGGCCAUUCGUCGUGGAGAGAAGAUUUGGGAAACUCGUAACAAAAUCUUCAACAACGAGAAGAAAAUGAGCAAGAGCCGCAAGAGCAAAGCCAAGAAUGGCGAAGACUUCAGGCCCGGUUGGCUCAAAAAGGACGUACCGCCAGAGCCAGCUGAUCUAGAAGGAGACCAUGAGCCCGAGGCCGAGCCGGAGACGAAGGAGACGAAGGAGGCCAAAGAAGUACAAGACACACAAGAAGCGAAGCAGACACAGGAGACACAAGAGGUCAAGCCUUCUGUAGAGGACACAGCAGACAGUGCUCCGCAGCAUGGUAACGGGAAGGAGAGCUCUCCUGAGGUGGGAAACAAGCGCAAGAGAGCUGUGGCAAAGCACGACGAAACAACUCCAGACGACGCUCCGACUCGCCCUAGCCGACAGGAGAAACGUCGCAAGUCGUCCGCUGCGCCAGGAAAAGCUGCCACAGCAACCACUGCGACGCCUGCCGAUGCGGAUACCGCUUUGGUGAACAUUAACGAGCUGCCCCCGAAUCGUCAGAAGCCUGCAAAGGCAUUGGCAGAUAUCAUCACUACGGCUGUGCGAGAUCGUGUCAAGUCCGACUUCAAGAUACCAAAAGGUGAAACCGCGGAGAGUCUGGGUGCUUUGCAUGGCGCACGUAUCGAAUAUGCCGUGCACAUGAACUAUGAGGGCAACUCGCAAGCAUAUGGUGUUCAAUGUAGAGCUUUGUUCGCGAAUCUCAAGAAGAACCAUGUCUUGGUGCAGCGUAUCCUGAAAGGCUCGCUGUCCGCGGACGAGAUAGCAACGAUGAGUAGCAGCGACAUGGCCAGUGAGGACCUUCAGCGUGAGCGAGCUGAGAUGAAGGAAAUGCUUGAUCGCCAAGCGACGGUCGAUCAACCGGAAGGACCAAGAUAUGCACAAGACCACAAGGGCUACCAUCUCAUCGAGGGUGAAGGUCAGACUGCUCCGCCUGUGCAAGCUGCGGAUUCGAACCCAGUUGCGCAAAGCGCAUCACCACCACAGCCGGCCAAAGCCCCUUUGGCCGUCGAUACUAGCAAACAAACAGCAAGCAAUCGUCGUUCUUCCAGUCAACAAUUUGACAUGAACAACAUUUGGGCCAAGACUGCAAACUCGCCGACGCUGCCAACCGGACAAGGCGGACCUGCACGUCCCGCGCAGGCGUCGACACGCCGUCGCAGCUCUGUACAUCGCCCGCAAGCACCACAGAAUGGUGCUAAGGAUGAUCCUGAUGUCGAUCGGAUGCUGCAAGAUAACGAUGAUACGUAUCCCCAAGCAGAAGGCGAGGGGAGCACGGUCGUGUGGAGGGGAAAGGUAGUGCAGACCAGUGAAGAAAGCGCUCCUGUUGUCAACGCACGGUUCGUGGCAGGACGUGAUUUGCAGCCGGUCACGCUGUGGCAGAAUCUACUCCCUCAAACGCUUUCUAUCGAUGGCAGGCUUCAAAUACCGAAAGCCGAAGAGUAUUUGUGCGGGCUGCGAUGGAGCUCCAGCAGCGACGUCUCAGUGUUGCAGCUCACGCCGGGCGAGAAUAUCGAAGCCUUCAACAGCGUCUUUGACUACUUCCACAGCCGCCAACGCUAUGCGGUCGUGGAGAAGGACAAGCCGGCGAUGGUCAAAGACCUAUACAUCAUACCCGUGGAAGCUGGCGAGGCUCUUCCGGGUCACAUUAAUAUGCUCGAGCACUGUACCUUGCGCAAGCCGGUCCAGGAGCGCACCAUGCUCGCCACGCUCAUCAUAGCGCGUGCACCCGACAGUCCUAUCAAAGACGCCGGACCUCAGCAGGCUUCGGCGAACGGACAUCUCCCACCACACGUGCGACAGAGCAUCGGUGGACCGGCAGGAUCCCCGUUGAAUGCACAGCACCCAAACUUUUCGCCAUCCAAUGCUGUUCAAGCGCAACCUGCGUAUGGCGGCCCACCGGCUUUCCCUCCAAAUCCGUACGGACCACAGGCGCAGCACCACUCGCCUCCCGCGCAGCCCGUUCAGCAACAGCCGCACGCAAACCCACUCGUCAGCCAAAUCCUAGGCGACCUUCAGUACGCGCCGACAGCGCAGCUCAUCUUCAAUUCGGCCCCCAAUAUCAGCACUGAUCAGUUGCAAAACCUGCGUGCCAUUCUGGAAGAAGAUGUGAAUGCCCGAACAGAUUUCGAAGCACUAACUCGAAGGCUGUAUGCUGGCGGAAGAUAGUUUCUGCAAUUAUUACCCAUGGUAUGACUCAGUUUGGCAAUGUCGAGUAGUUGCACUGUAGUUCCCUGCGGCCAUCGGAGGCUGCAAUGUGAGGGAAGAAGCUAGGAUGAGAUAGGCAUGAACUGUACAUAAAAUUGUCCUCGAAGGAAGCAUGAAUGAGAACAGCAUGAAUGGCUCGCGCCACGUAGCAAUGUAGCCAAAUGCAAGC